UUACAGAAUUUAAACAAAAUGAAAAAGUUACUAUGCCAAACCUUUUUCCAGAAUCGGAUGACCAGUUAUUAGAAUUAUUAUCCCCAGCAAUAAUUGAAGAUAUAAUUAUUCCGGAUGGGUUUGCCGAUACAGCAUCAGGAUUGAUUCAGAAUGAUAAUUCAAAAAAUCAAACAUUUGAUUCUUCUACCAAGAUCGAUACUAAAGAGGAGCCAGCAUCUAAUGAGGAAAAAGAGUCCCAAGUCUCUGAUUCUUUCACUGAAGAUCUAAAAAAAAAACAUAAUAGAUUCUAA